AUGCGAGGACGCGUCGACUUUUGGACCGAGCUGGGCUGGACUGUACAACGCAAGUGCAAGAACAUAACCACCCGCGUCACAAUCACUCGCACCACCACCGUUUACUUUGUAUUCGCCCUCCUGCACUUCAUCGCCCAGCUUACCCUUCAGUCCCUCAGCUUGGCCGAGAAUGUGAACGGCUACCGUCUUACCGGCGCCCUGCUGCACGGCGCCAACGUACCCCAAGGAAUCUCCGUCAUCCAAGGCAACAUCCUCGAGGUUUGCAACGGACUCCCUGGCGCGUCCGGGACGACUUGCACGCCCAUUGCGCGAGCGGGGCAGCAACCGAGGGGGCUUGGUUACCUGAACCACCUAAUGGAAUUUCAGUCGUUAGGCAGCUGGGCCGAAAAUUCCCAGACGCACUCUGGCAGUCUAUUCGGGCGACACCAUCUCAACAUCUCCACUCACUCUGAUGGCAGCCUUACCGUCGAGCAACAAGUGCUUGGACCUCAAUGCGUUCGCUCGAUGGUGUGGCCGAAUGCGGUGCUGCGCGAAUCUAUCGAGGAGGACAUUGUCACGCUGUGCUUUCACGCGUGGUUGUUCGUUCUCUCCUUCUUGGCGAUCAUAUCCGAAUCUGUACCUCAUCUCGUUGCUGCUUUCGCCAGCUAUGUACUGGACUUGGCUUGGUCCGCAUUCCGCAUACGCAACACUAUUCGCUUCGAUGACCGUUUCACCGCGUUGAUCACCAACGGCGCUUGCAGGGGCGUAGACGUCCUUGCCGACUGGUGGGCUCCGCGCUUGACACAUUCGAUCAUCAUUUGCGUCCUGAACGGCGUUGUGCUGAUCGGUAUGACGUAUGUUACAUGGGUGCUGUCACGGAGGUACACUCGUGAAUCGUUUGAACGUGUCGCUGUAAAUGCGCGGAUUACUAGGAUGUACCAGAUUAUGUUGGUGUUCUCAGUUUGUAUCCAUCUAGGCGGUUUCUUCGGCGUAACCGCUGCCGGCGUGCUCGUGUCCAAGCUCAAGUCCAUCAAGCAGCUUGUCAACAACACAACUGCCGCGGAGACCUCUUUCCUUGUUGUUGCUUUGCUGGAGUUGCCGUGGGUGAUCACCGGUUGGGUCUUCCCUCGCAUCGAGUGCGCGUACACCUGCGUCGCGUUCUUCGUCAUCUCCUCGGCCCUUAUCGCCAUCUGGUCUGCAAUGCUCCACACGCCCAUGGUGCAAUUCAUAUUCCACGAGUGGUCGUUCUUCAGCACCCUUUCCGUCACCGCGUUCGCUUUUCUGGUCUUUGCGUUCAUCAUCGGGAUCUGGUGCCGAUGGAACUUCGAUAAAGGACUGGGGCAUUACCUGCGCGUGCGGGCUAUACUCGAAAAGGAUGACUUCACUCCGGAUUCUUAUCAGAAACGUGACCUGGAAGCGAAGGAUCCAGACCUUUACUCGGACUCUGGCAGCAUCUAUCUCGAGAGACUCGGCAUCCAGAAACAGGAGAAACCGUUGCUGCUGAUCGAGACCGAGCAGUCCAAAGUGACUGCGCCGCCGCCGGCUUACAUCGGCGCCCGGAUAAGAACCGACUCGCCGUCCUCCAUGGAUUCGGAAGCGACCAUUACCGGGUACGCUCCUGCCACGUCGCCCAACUCGCUCUCUCCCGCUCGUACCGUGACCCCCACCUCGCUCUCCCCUCCCAAGAGAAGCCCGAGCGCCACGCUCCUUGCAACCAUCUCCGAGCCGCGUGCCGAAGAUACUCCUGCUAUCGCAGUCCCGACGGCACAAGGCGACGACGUCGGGGUCGACGCUAAACCGGCGCCCUUGCCGACCCCGCUCGCGGGCCAGUUCCACCACGAACAGCGCCCGAACCGGCCGCCGAACUCGUUCGCCAAGUUCAGCCACGAGGGCGGCAGCUCGCGCGGCGGAUCGAGGACGAACAGUUGGAUCUCGUCGGUCGUGUCCGGCGCGUCGCGGAACAGUCAGAUCCAGUCGAUCGCAUCCUCCACCACGACGCAGGGCACGUUCGGGGUGCGGAUGCCGAGCCGCCGUUAA